UGAGGCUCUUUUGUUUUCAAAGAGGGAAAUUUAAAACUCGUCGACGUUAAUCCAAAAUAAACACAAACAAGCGGAAUAAAAGCUCACAAAACGACACGAAAAUGACCGCAAACUGACACUCUUCACACCCGAAUGUAAAGGUCGCUUCACACCAACAUGAGGAAGAAGGUGAAGGGGUCGCAGGGCGCCGGCGCCGACAGCAGCAUCCUGGAGGAGUGUUGUGCUCUGUGCAGACUCAGUGAUGAUGAUCCGGCCAUGUUUGGGGAAAAAGUCACACUCAAAGAGCAUAAACUCUCCGUGCACUACUUCUGUUUGCUGACGUCUUGUGGAGUUUACCAGCGAGGGGAAGAGAACGAAGGCGUGUUUGGUUUCCUGGUGGACGACAUCAAACAGGAGAGUCGCCGUUCAGCCAGACUGAGGUGUUACGGCUGUAAGAAGAAGGGAGCGUGCGUCGGCUGUUACGUCAGGAGUUGCAGGAAGAUGGUUCACUUCCCCUGCGGGAGGAAACAAAAGUUCAUCUCGCAGUUUACCGGCAGCUUCCCGUCUUACUGUCCGGAUCACAGCCCCUUCCAGUCUCUGUGUGUGGGCUCCGACCUCAGUCUGCCUCAGUCCUGCUCCAUCUGUUUGGACUCCAUCGAUCCCAUCCUGUCCUACUCCGUCCUCAAGUGUCCGUCCUGCCACGCCAGCUGGUUCCACAGAGACUGUGUGCAGCGUCAGGCCCACAGCGCAGGCCUGUUCUUCUUCAGAUGCACUCUCUGUAACAACAAGGAAAGCUUCCAGGAGGAGAUGCUGAGGAUGGGAAUAUACAUCCCAGAGAGAGAUGCCUCAUGGGAGUUGGAGGCAAACGCGUAUUCAGAGCUGCUGGAGGUUUACACGCGCUGCGACGCUCUCACCUGCCUCUGCGACAACGGACGCACGCACUCCGCCAAGACCGGUUGGUUCGAGGUGAUCCGCUGCCGCCUGUGUGGAUCCAGAGGGACUCACAGGAAAUGCUCGGGGCUGAAGUUGUACACCACAGACUGGCCGUGCACCGACUGCACGCAGGCUACUGACGGGAAAGCUUCUCUGGUCGCGUCUCCUCAGGGGGGUCCGAGGAGGAGUCUACUGUCCAAACGCCACCUGUCCUCCAUCCACUCCUCCAUCAGCUGUAAAAGACCGUCGUUACCUGUUGGCUCACCUGAGGAGCUCCUGCAGGCUUUGGCCCCUCAGCUGCGUCCCGUCGGGGUCCAGGUGGAGGUGAGAGGGGACCAGGCUCUGUCUGCAGGUCUGGACCUGGUGAGGAGGACCGACUUCGACCCCACACACAGUCUGAGUGUCAGGUUCAAAGACGACCAGCAGACCGCGUUUCCCAGCAGCCUCUGUGACGGCGACAUGGCCAGGCAGUACUUCCUGAAGCUGCUGGUGCAGCAGAUCCAGGACUCUGUGGUGUUUGAAGGUCCAGACGGAUCCAAAAACCUGGCACUGGACUCGCAGGCUCUGCGUGAGGACGUGUACUUUGACGUCGGCUGCCUGCUCGCCAUCUCUCUGGUUCACGGCGGUCCACCCGUCGGCUUCUUCUCCGGCGCUCUCUACCAGUGUCUGUUCAACUACCCGGCCAACCGCCCGCUCACCGUCACACACAUGACGCCCGACACGCACUUCACCCGCCAAGUCAGCAGGAUCGCGGAGGCGGAGUCUUUAGACAACCUGAAAGAAGCUGUAGCGGCGAGCUGGGAGUUCCUGGAGCUCGCCGGCUGCAACAGACCAAUCAGCAGCCUGGCGGAGAGAGAAGCUCUGGUGGAAGAUCUGGUGAACUUCACCAUGAUCACCAGGAUGCAGCUGCCGCUACAGAGGAUUCGAGAAGGUCUGCAGACUUUGGGCGUCUUCGAUCAGGUGCAGCUCUUCCCGUCGGCGUUCUGCGGUGUUUUCUGCGAGGCGGCGGAUCGGCUCACGGCUCAGACGGUCGGUCAGCUGUUCGCCGUUAACUUCUCCCAACAGGAGGAGCGACUGAACAGAGAGACGCGCGUCAUCAGCUUCUGGAGACACUUCCUGAUGGAGAGCGAAGUUGGGAGGAGCUCCAUCUCCCUGCAGGACCUCCUUUGUUUCUCCACAGGAGCUGAGGAGCUGCCAGCGGCCGGCCUCCGCCCUCCUCCCUCCAUCUCCUUCCUCCACCCCUUCAACUCCUCUCCGUCAGGAAUGGAAGAGGACGGGGGAGGAGAGAAGGAGGCGGGCAGGCCAGGGAUGGAGGAGUGGAGGGACGAGGGUCUCUUCCCUCAGAGCCAGCCCGGCUCCAAACACCUCCUCCUGCCCGUCACCUCCUCCUACCAGGCCUUCAAAAGCUCCAUGGAGCAGGCCGUCAGCCACCGUGUGCACCUCCUCCCCACCGAGAGAUAGAGGAGCAGAAAGAUGAACUCCCACAUUUAAAAACAAUUAUUAUUUUCAGUAUCGACUAAUCUAUGGAAUAAUCUAUUGAUUAGUCGUUUUGGUCAUAAAACGGCAGAAAUGACAGUUUUCCAAAGCUCAAGUCGUCCAAAACCCAAAAAUACUCGAUUAAUAUUCAUAUCUCAAAACAAGAAACUGAUGUCACAAUGAUUGACAGCUCCUCCUCCUCCGUUAUUGCAGCUCUACUGAUCGAGUUUAUUUUUAAGUCAUUUUAAAACCGUUUAUCGUAUGUUUCUAUACAAACUAAUGUUUAUUUUACAUAAUAAGUAGCAUUGGUGAUGAAUAUACACGGUGAAGCAUUAUGAAUCUGUCUAUUAUUUGAUUUUUUUAUUUUUAAUUCCUGUUAUUCUAAAGCAGCUAUUCCUUCCUCAUCUUGGAUUUUUAUAUGAUUUUUUCCUUUUUUUUUAUCAGUGUAAUGAAGCAUCUGAACAUGUCGGGUAAUUACAGGAUAAAUCUGGUUUUAUUCCAUGAAUCUUCACAUUACAGACUCAAACCAACAGUGUGACGGUCCGUCCAUCAAUACUUUCCUCCUUCCUCACUCGGCUCAUCGGUUCCUACUGAGGACUGAAAUCUUUUAAAAACACCUCAUGAAAUAUUUAGUUCUUUUAUAAGAAAUAUGGACGUUUCAGUAUUUGAUAUUCUUUCAAACAAUACAGCUAAAGGUGAAAAUAGCGGAAAUAAUAAAUAAUCAAUUAGACGCACUAAUUUUCCAAAGUAGAGUGAGAGUCUCUGGUGUGUUUCAGCUUUUCACUCUGGCAGAAAAUCUAAUCUGACAGAAUGUGUUUAACUGUAACUUCUACUUCAUCAAGGUUGUUAAGUUUGAUCUGAAGUUUAUACAAAAUAAAACACCUGAUGGUUGAGCAGAGACUCAGAAUCAAAGGCUCAAUAACUCACAGACAGGAAGCAUUUGUUGUGUUAUAUAGAUUUUUCCUGGUAGUUUAAAUAAUUUCUCCAUAUAGUUUAGUUGGAAGUUGAAUUUAAAGUAUAAACUUGGUGUUUUUGCUGUUACCAGGAGACCCAAACUAAUGAUACUUUUCUCCUUCUCAGCUCACAAAUAUAUCAUUAAUUUCUUUAUUUAAAAAGGCUUAUUCAUUUCCUGAAACACUUUAGUUUAAUAGGGCAUUUGUAGGGGACUAUUUUCAGCGGCGGAUGAAUCUGCAUUUGGUGCUGUUAUAAACUACGGUGUGUAUUAAUGGUGAUGCGGCUCACUGACGGCUUUUUAAUAGUUUUUAAACAAUAACGGAGGAAUCAGAUGAGUCACACACAGUAUUUGUUGGUUUGAAGUGAAGCAUAAAGAAAAAUAUAGAAUAUUUCCAGACUUAUCCUUCAUGUUUGUCUAUAAACGCUUUCUCAAUUAAUUCAUCCAGAAAGAAAUAAAAUCACUAUCGUGCUAUAAAGUUACACGUUGUAUGACUGAGGAUUUUAUCCUCAUCAUCACCUCUAAUACUGAGUUUGUCUGAGUUUAAAGAAAAUUACAGUUAAGUUUUUUUUUUAAGUUUUCUCAUCAGCUUCAUUGUAGAGAAACCUUCGUUAAACUCUGAACAGUUGGUGUAUGAUGUGAUUCACUGAUGAAGCUGAUCAGUGAAACGUCAUCAAACGUUAAGACCUGAAAACUCAGAUUUUUCCUUUUAAUUCAGGCAGCAAGUCGGGUGAAAAGUCUUAAAUUUGUGGUUUUUGAAACCUUGAAACUUUCCUUCAGCGUCCAGCUCCAGAUGUGAUGACAUGAUGAUUCCAUCAUAUCAUGUAAAUAGAUGAAUAUCUUUUAUGUUUUUUUCCAGUUUAAAAACUUUUGUGCUUAUUUUUAUAACUUUGCCUUAAAAGCUGCUUUUAAU